AUGCCGCCAGGGACCUCUCCAGCGGAGGCGGAGGCCGAGGCAUGGACGUGGGAGAACGCAGCGGCUGGAGCUGCCGCCGGGUUCGCCACGGUCGCGGCCCUCCAUCCGCUCGACGUCGUCCGCACCCGCUUCCAAGUGAGCGGCGGGAGGGGGUGGUCUGAGGUGCCUCCGUACAGGAACACCGCGCACGCUGUGUACACCAUCACACGAUCUGAGGGCCUGAGAGGACUUUAUGCAGGAUUUUAUCCUGCAGUUCUUGGAUCAACUGUUUCCUGGGGCUUAUAUUUCUUUUUUUAUAACAGGGCUAAACAAAGGUACUUACAGAGGAAGGAUGACCAGCUUCAUCCAGUUCAUCAUCUCAUCUCAGCUGCAGAAGCAGGUGCUUUGGUUUCCAUGUUUACAAAUCCCAUAUGGCUGGUGAAAACAAGAUUGCAACUGCAAACACCUAAACACCAUACUUCUCAGUAUUCUGGGUUUUCUGAUGCUUUGAGAACUAUUCUAAGAGAGGAGGGAUUUCUUGCACUUUAUAGAGGAAUUGGACCUGGGCUUUUGCUGGUCACCCAUGGUGCAAUACAGUUCACAGCCUAUGAGGAACUUCGCAAAGCUAUGAUAUUCUUCAAAAGUACACAAUCAAGGACAGACAACAGAGGAGGCGAGGAGUCAUUGCUGAAUUCCAUCGAUUUUGCGGUACUUGGGGCUGGUUCAAAAGUAGCUGCUAUUCUACUUACUUAUCCUUACCAGGUCAUCCGAGCCCGCUUGCAGCAACGGCCUGGCACUGAUGGUACUCCAAAGUACUCAAAUAGCUGGCAUGUAGUGAAGGAAACUGCAAGGUAUGAAGGCGUCCGUGGAUUUUAUAGGGGCAUCACGUCCAAUCUACUGAAAAACCUUCCAGCUGCUUCCCUCACGUUUGUGGUGUAUGAAAAUGUUAUCAAACUAUUCAAAGCAACCAAGGAGAAGACAUAG